AUGCCCGAGGGAGGGACGGGGGGAGCGGGAGGCGCGAUCCCGCGGGAAACGGGAGCGCGCCAGGGAUGGCGGCGCUCGAAGCCCCGCCCCUUCCCCAGAUGGCCACGCCCCGCAGCGCGCUCGCGGUUUUGGCGCCAAAUCCGAGUCCCGCCCACCGCCGGUUCCGCGCCGCUGCCGCCCCUCGCUCACCCCGGCGUCCCUCGCUGCCUGCCCCGCUCCGCCGCAGCCAUGAUCGGACAGAAGACGCUGCACUCCUUCUUCAGCCCCGCGCCGGCCAAGAAGCGCGCCCGCUCCCCGGAAUCGGGCGACGAUUCUGAGGAGAGCGCCCCCAAGAAGACGAAGAGAGCCUGCCAUGAGGCGAGCCCGGCGCUGAGCGCGGAGCAGCAGGAGCGCAUCCGCAAGAACAAGGAGGCGGCGCGGCAGCUGCUGGCGCAGCGGAACGUUCCGCCGGGCUUCGGCGAGAGCUGGCGGCAGCAGCUGGCCGGGGAGUUCUCCAAGCCCUACUUCAUAGACCUGAUGGCGUUCGUGGCCGAGGAGAGGAAGCGCUACACGGUGUACCCGCCCCCCGAGCAGGUCUUCACCUGGACGCAGAUGUGCGACAUCAGGGAUGUAAAGGUUGUCAUUUUGGGACAAGAUCCAUACCAUGGACCUAAGCAAGCUCAUGGGCUCUGUUUCAGUGUCCAGAAGCCUGUUCCACCUCCCCCCAGCUUGGAAAACAUUUACAAGGAGCUCUCAGAGGACAUUGAGGGCUUCACCCACCCUGGCCAUGGGGACCUGACGGGCUGGGCCAAGCAAGGAGUGCUCCUGCUCAACGCGGUGCUCACGGUUCGGGCUCACCAGGCCACGUCCCACAAGGAGAGGGGCUGGGAGCAGUUCACGGAUGUCGUGGUGUCCUGGCUCAACAAGAACCUGCACGGGCUUGUCUUCAUGCUCUGGGGAGCCUAUGCCCAGAAGAAAGGCAGCUCCAUCGACAGGAAGCGUCACCACGUCCUGCAGACGGUUCAUCCCUCGCCCCUCUCUGUCAACAGAGGGUUUUUCGGCUGCCGGCACUUCUCCAAGACAAACGAAUUCCUCAGGAAAUCUGGGAAGAAGCCCAUCGACUGGAAAGCACUCUGAGCCUUGGGAGCAGUCCUGGGUCAGGGGUUGGGGUGUUUCUGAGAAACUCUGCUGACCUGAGAAUUGUUCGUCGGGUGUUGAUGGAUGAACAAAUGACCAAACUUUCAGAGAUGGUUAUAUUUUUGUUUUAAAUGUUGAUUUUUCCAAGAGCAUGCUGGAGUGUCUGAUGGACAGCUCUGCUGCUGGAACAGAUCUUAGCCUGGUUUGAAGCAAAAAAAAGACCCCAAACACAAGAGUUCUGUAUUAGUUUGUGGUCGUUGUGGCAAUGGGAAUUUAUUUCCAUUCUCUGGUGAAGGGAUGUCAGUUCUUACUGAGCUGCUCAGCUUUUGUACAUGCCCUGCUGCCUCCUUCCCAGGCAAAUCCAGUUUUCCUAUUUAGGGGGAAUGGAGUUGACUCCAUGGGAGGAAAAGGAUUUUGGUUUUAGCUUUUUGCUACAGAUUGAUUACAAAAA